AUGGGUUGUGUAUCACCAAAAGAUUAGAAAAAGUCAAUCGUUAUUAAAUCUUCUAGAACAUCAAGUGCUCGUUAACCAGUCUAAUAAGCAGUGAGUUCUCCUUGUGUUUUUGAAGAGACUGAAAAUAUAGAGACAGAUUAUAUUCUUCAUAAGUUAGAUCCUUUGACUAGUAUUGUUUUUAUAAACUAUAAUUAUAGCUUAAAGAAGUUAUAUAAUGAAAGGGGUUUCUAAAUAAAAUAGUAUUUCAAGGAUUGUAAGGACUUAUAAUUGUGAUAAUAUUCGUAAUGAAUAAUAACUUUAAGAAUUCCAAGAGAAUAUAAAUAUAUUAUUUUAGUUGGUAUUGGCUGUGUUUAAAACUUUAGAAACAUUUGAAUGUUUAAAGCACACUUUCUUAUUAUUGUAAUAAGAAAAAAAUAAGUUUGAUAGGUGAGUAUUUAGAUGGUGGAAAUAUGUUAUUGAAAUUGGAUGUAUUUAGUUAAAUGUAAUAAUUUGUAAUGAUUGAAAUAUUUUGUUAAAUCAUGGCUGGAUUAUAGUACUUACAUGAGAAUUAAAUAACUCAUGGGUAUAUAUUAUAUCAAUUUUAUAGAGAUAUUCGUUUAGAACAUAUAAUGUUUACAAAUAAAUCAUUAGAAAAGAUUAAAUUAGUGGAUUUUGGUAUUUCUAAUUCUUUGAAAUCUUAAUGUACAAAUUGGAAACCAACAACAACAAUGCAUGAAUUAUCAUUUAGAUCACCUGAAUCUUUAAAAGGAUAAACAUCAAUGAAAUCUGAUAUAUGGUCAUGUGGUUGUCUUCUCUAUUUCUUCCUUACAUCUCACAUGCCUUUUUAAGCAAAUAACGUAUAAUCUUUGAAAAAUUCAAUAUUAAGGGGAGUACCAAACUUUGAAGGUUAAGAAUGGAAUAGUAUUAAUCCUGCUCUUAAAUAAUUAAUUAGUAAAAUGUUACAUCCAAAUCCAUAAUAGAGACCAUCUGCUUAAUAAGUAUUGAAUCAUAAUGUAUUUGUUGGGAGAGCUCGAAUUCUCAAGAAUCCAAACAAGACAUUAUAAAGACAUAUGAGAGAAUUUAAAGUAUUUUUAUAUAUAUAUAUAUAAAGAUAUCAUCAUAAUUAUCAACGGCAAUGUUAAUUUAUAUUGCAGAAAAUUUAAUGUCUGAUUAAGAUAAGAAGAAGUUAAUGGAUGAAUUUAUGAAAUUUGAUUUAAAUAAUGAUGGUUUAUUGACAAAAGAAGAAUUAUUAAGUGUUUAUUCAAGAACAUUACCACAUGAUAGAGCAUUAAAAGAAGUCAAUAAUAUAUUUAAGAAGAUCGAUGUAAAUGGUAGUGGUAAAAUAGAUUACCAAGGUAUAACUUAAUUAUGAAAAGCAGAAUUUGUAAUAGCAACAAUAGAUUAAAAGAAAUAUUUCAACAAAGAAAAGUUGAUGAUGAUUUUUUAAUAAAUUGACAGUGAUCAUAGUGGUUAUUUAAAUAAAGAGGAACUUAAAAGAUUAUUAAGAGAUAUGUCUAUACCAAUAAAAAAAUAUGAAUAGUUAUCAAAAUAAUUAGAUUAAAAUGGAGAUGGAUAAAUUAAUUAAGAAGAAUUUAUAGGAAUGAUACUUUAAAUAUGA